GUCUGGGCGACGCCCCACGACAGCUACUCGUCGUCCAUCGGCGUGCUGGGCUGCAAGGUCAACACCAACCGAGUCGCCUACUGGCCCGACUCCGUCGACUGCAACAACAUCUGCGUCUCUCUCCAGUACCAGGGCCGCCAGGUCUAUCUGCUGCGCGUGGACCAGUCCCAGGGCGCCCACGACGUCAGCUACGAUGCCUGGAACUAUCUCUACACGGGCUACUCCGCCACCGACAAGCCCUUUGCAGGAGGCCCCGUCGAGAUGACGACGCAAAACGUCGAUGCGUCCAAGUGCGCGAGCCUGCUCCACACAAAGGGCCACAAGCUCCCUCUCAGCGCGGCGAACAGCAUGAACUUCCUGUCUAGCUGUCUCGAGCAGGAGAACUCGUGGGUUGCAGACAACUAUGUCCUGUACAAUAUCCUCGACUCGAUCUGCACCCUCGGACAGGACCAAGUCUGCACUCUGGACUGGCCCAAUGCCAAUCAGCCGUCUUGUCCAGGCACCCUGGGAGUACCCGAUACGCUCAAGUCACAGCCCGUCUGGAACAUCCAGUAUCCUUCUGGCGACAAAGUGCUCGCC